AGCUGAUUCCUGUUUAGUCAAAAUAUUUUGCUCAUUCUGAAAUGUCAGUCUGUAUGUACAACAAAGAGUGAUUAGAGUUGUAUCCCAUGUAUAUUUCUCAAGUAAAAUGUCGUGGUAUCAAAAUAUAUUACCGGAGAGUAUAAAAAAAAAUGUGUGUGCGUAUUUGCUUCAAAGAUACCUCGGACAGUUCUUUGAAGAAAAAUUAACACGAGAUCAACUGAAUAUUGACCUAUACAAUGGCACUGGAACUGUAGAAAAUAUCAGCCUUGAUGUUCAGGCACUAAACGAAUUAGGGGAACAGCAAAAUUGGCCAUUGGAAUUUGUAGAUGGAUAUAUUGAGAGCCUUUUUAUCAGUGUCCCGUUUAUGUCCAUACUAAAAGAUUCUAGCUAUGUUGAGGUGAAAGGUUUAAAAAUUACUGUUCAACCCAAACAGAGAAAUGAAUCUGCUACAUCAAUGUUUGAAUCAAUGUGGAACUCAAUGACAAGUUCGAUGCAAUUAGCAGAAGAAUGUGCAAGGCAAGAUGGAGUGAAUUCAUCAAAUCCCAUAGAAUCCUAUGAAGGAAUUAAACUUUUUGCUCAAACCAUAGAUUCGAUAUUAAGCAGAGUAAAAGUAAAGUUUGUAGAUACAGUUCUUCAAAUUGAACAUGUUCCUAAAAAUAGCACAACCGGAGUAGGAGUCUUAAUGAAUAUAGAUUUAAUUGAAUAUUCAGAUGAAGCAGGUAGCGAUCCAUCUACUGAUGAAGCUACAAACCCUACUCAAGACCAAAAGAAAGCAUAUAUGGAAAAUACUUUUACUACAAAAAUUUUUUCUAUAACAGGUGUGACACUAUCAACAGUGGAAUUCUCAAGUAAAGCUAGAACUUUUAGUAAAUCGCUUUUCGUUCAGUCUCAAUUCGAAACAGAAAAUGAUUCUUUAGUUACUGUGAUAGAGUCUUCUAAUCGUGCUAAAGAUUCCUUGAUGGAUACUGAAAAAGUAAACGUUGAAGAUGUUUUUAAAAAAGUCGAGCAAUGUGUGGACGAUCACCGGCAUGUUAUAAAAUUUGCAAAAAUUACUGAUAAGCAACAGGUAAAAGUCAGAUUAAAACAAUCUGAAGAUACAGAAGGGCCUAAAGUAUCUAUAGACGUUCUAUUUGGUUCUUUUAUAAUAUUCUUAUCACCAAGGCAAUUCCAUGUUCUUAUAGAGGUUGUAGAUGGUUUAUCAAAACCCGAUACGGUUGAUACAAGUAACGUCGUUCCAAGAAGAAAAUGUGAAGCUAAACCGAUGACAUCGUGGGACUACAAAAGAGUAGAGCAAGAACUGCAACAUCAAUUACAGACUUUAUCGGAUGAACAGAUAGCGGGUCUAAAAGCGGCACAGGGAUGGUCAUCGGGAGCCUUAGAUGAGAGUACGGAAGAAACCUUUCUACCAAUGAAAAGUAACGUAAGUGGAAUAUUUGAAAGUACAAUGUCUGGUCUUGGUAGCAGUAUGGAAUCGAGCGUUAAUUCUAGUAUAAUAAGUUCUGUUACAGAUCAAACUACUAGAACUAGACGGCGAUAUAAUAACAUUGAUUCUGAUCCAACUGCUGAAAUAUCAAGUUUCAGAAUAAGAAUUGAUGCAGUGGCUACUGUUCUAUUAUUAGAAGAUAUAUUAUUUCAACCUGUAGAAAAUGAUAUAAUUUUAGCUCCGACGAGUGUAGAAAGAAUGCAACAAAUUGUCGAUGAUUUUUUUGGUAAAUUGCAAGAGUUUUCUUUUACAAAUUUCGAAAUUAAAGAAUUCGAUCGUGGUAGAGAACUUUUGGAUAAAGCUUGUUGUUCAAAUAAUAUAAAGUUGUUUGCUGCUCCUUUUCAAAUAGAUGGCGCCGAAAAAACUACUAGUUCAGCAUUUUCUAUAUCUGGAGAGUUGUCAUUUAUGAAAGUAGAACUGUACGAAUGCUUAUAUAAUACAUCAAACAACUCUGCGGAAUAUAUCCAAUUAAUUUCAUUCAAAGAACGUGUUUUGCCCAAAUCCUCAAAUUCGGGGUCAAUGCCGAAUUUAAAAAUGUCCUUUAAACGCGUAGAAAAAUUAAAAAAUGGUACUAGAAGGGGCGGCCCCAAAUCAGACAUAACGCUGUCAUUGGAAAAAUUAGAUUUGGAACUGGAUAUUACCAUCAUAGAUAGAAUAAGUGCAUUAAUAAAUUCUCCAAAUAUUUGCGCCCCUGACAUUUCAAUGUGUAAUCCAUGGAAAACGCCUGAAAAAUUACAUGAUAAUAUGCAAACUUUAUUUCCGAACACUUUGCAAUCUAAGAUAGACUGGAAAAUUUUGUGUCCGUUCAUAAAUGCAAAAUUGAGGUUCCCAGUACCAGACUUCCGUCCAUCCUAUGAUAUCAACAGAAUUCCUUGGUGGAAUAGAAGCGUUAGGAAUGACUAUUUGUCUUUAAUUUUUGCCGAUGUUGUGGUACAAUCGAGCGUCGCGACUGAUCAUAAUUUUCAAGAAUUUACAUUGCAAUCUAAAUCUUUGGACAUAUUAUAUUAUGAAAACGAAAAUGUUAUUCCCUUGCCUGUAGGCAAAGCGGAAUUCAUUAACAAAGAUGGAUAUUCCAUGGAAGAUGUACGGUCCCAAAUUAGGUUAACUCUUAAAUUGUUUCCCAAGAACGAACAGGAUAACGUAGAACCUAAACAAAAUAUUAUGACUGCUUCUUGUUACGGUGCUUUCGAAAAUCAUAUUAAAGAAGUACCAGGACCUUUUUGCGCCAAAAAAGUGGUACAUCAAAGCGAUACCCCACAUUCCAAACAUCCAAAUGAUGAUAACGACGAAAUAAUACUACCAGGUGACAAACACGAACUAGAACAAUUCAUAGAAUCGACUAUAGAAUCUGCUAAAUUUCACAUUGACGUAUAUAUUCCUCAAAUUUCUGCCCAAUUGAAGUCAAAACAUAUCUACGAAUUAUUGUACAACAGAAUAAAUAACGAUUUGUUGCUAUGGACUCCAAGUGCUCCUAAAGUGAAAUCACAACCAACGAAUUUAACUUAUUCUUGUUAUGGCGAAAAAGAAAUAAUUGUUGAUGGUCAGGAUACAUUUAGAUUGUGUAAAGGUGUUCUAGAGUAUGAAAGCGAAAGUGACAGUGAAGAAUCAGAAGAGAAUAUAUUUUUUUCAAUUUAUGACAAUAAACUGCGCCAGUCAAUGAAACAGAUGCAGGUUCAAGAACCAAUCAUCAAAUCACAAAGUGAUUUUGUUCUAAGUAUCCAAAUAGGACGGGGAAUCUUAGAAAUGCAUCCUCCAGUUCGAGAUUCGGGCAAUAAUGUCAUACCAGGACAGCAAGGCGAAUUUCUGUUGAGCUUAGAAGAUGCUAACGUAUUCGUAGUUAGUGGUUAUAAAGGAGAUGAUACCUUAGGAUUUGUAUGUGUUCAACUACAGAAUGCAAAGUUAUAUCAUUGCGAUAUGAUGUCCAUACCCUCUCAAAUGCAGCCUCUAAAAGAAUAUGGUGCCCCCGUAGGUAAACAUUUAUGUCCAACAAUUUACAAAUCUGAGCGAGGCAUGUUGGUCACUUCAAAAAAUAGAGGUGGGCAAAGAGAAAUGUUUACAGUCUCGGUUAGAAUUCAAGCUGGCCAUGAAACACAUCACCUCAAGACCAUUCGAGUGGCUCUUGGUUUAAACAAAAGUACAUUGAAGCAUCGCAUGUGUGCAGAACCAAACACUUGGAUCUCACAGCUAUUGGAUUUUUUUAAUGUACAAGAUUAUCCGAUAGCCAACUAUCAUGCCAAAGAAGUUGUAACGGAAUUACAUCUUAAUGUAUGGGAUUGUGCCAUAGAUUACAGACCACUGAACUUAGCAACAAGAGCGGCAUUCACAAUUGGAAACUUCAGUAUGUCUUCUCACUUUGCAGCUCAAUCAAAUUCGUCCACUUUGAGAUUCAUUUUUGAAGAAUGCGAGUUAUUUUUAAGCGAGAAAGCACCAUCAAAAAAUGGCAAAAUAUCUGUAGCUCCCGUUGAUCUGGUUAAAGAUUACGUCAAUGUUAUUGAACUAGGUUUAUUUGAGCUUAGUUUGAAAACAACAGAUAAAAAAGAUAGAGCUCAUCCUCACAUAGACCUUCGAGUGUCUAACAACAUUCUAAAAAUCAAUACAUGCGCCGAUAGUGGUCGUAUGUUGAUGUUAUUGAUCAUUUAUUUUGCAAACGAUGGAGAUUUAGUGCAACCGUCCUCAACGAAUUCGGCACCUCCAUUUUCUAGUCCCAGACAUCGCGUGGAAACAGAAUUAGUUUCGGUCGAACCGCAGAUUAGUAAUUUGUCAAAAAGUCAACAUGAACAUGUUAAUUCUUUACUGGGAGAGGCUAUGAAGGAAAAGGAUGUACCGAAAGAAGAUAAAAAGAUCUCGGCUUUUGGCAUAGAUCCCGAAGUAUUUUAUUUCCCUGGCGAAAAACACAUGGCUCAGCAAGAUACCAUUUCACAAUUGCCACCCCAAGUGAAAUAUGAAUUAGGCGAUGUCACUUAUAAUUCUAAUAGGAGUAGCGAUACUGAUGACGAAUUUUGUUUCAUAGGAAAAGAUUCCGGACUUGGACAUUGCCCACAAAUUCCUGACGUUCUUUGGCAGGACAAUGAUCCUUUACGAGUCGUAGAAUAUCAUUACGUUACCCCUGAUGGCAAAACAGAUCACUUGAAAGCACCUAAGUCAUUUCCUGUUCCUAUCGCCCAAUACACUCUUUGUGAUAUGACAAUUGUAUGGAAUAUAUAUGGCGGAAAUGAUUUUCAUAUAUCCGAGGGUGAAAAUAAGAAAGUGAAUGUACAAUUUUCCGAAACUCGGCUCAAUGACAGCGUUAGUUUUUCGAGGACUAAGCAAGAUGAGGUACUCAUUAAAAGUAAAGUGCAUAAAAAGAAGGCUAAUAUGAAUUGGAUACUCAAAGGAGGUGUUAAUAGAAACCAUGACGUUCAUAUGGAAUUUCAUUUAAAUAAGAUUAGGUUUCAACAUGAAGUUUAUCCCGAAACAACGGUGCAAGCCUCCCGGCAAGUACUUUUAAUAUCUGAUGUGGAAAUCGUGGAUAGAUUGGAAUCGAGCCAGUUUAAUAAAUUUUUAUAUCAAUAUACUAGCCAGAGUAGACCAAAGCAGUCACAGGCGCAUAUGGUUAUGAUAAAAGCAUUACAUAUUAGACCAGAUCCGAAACUACCAACACAAGAAUGCUGUCUAAAAAUAUCAAUGUUACCUCUUAGGCUCAAUAUUGAUCAAGAUUCGUUAUUGUUUCUCAUACAUUUUUUUAGUGAUCUUGGUAAUGACAGUUCAGCAAAAUCAGAUGAUCAAGGUAAUCGUUCAAAACAUAAUACUCCCACUCAUCAACCCCCAAUCAUGACUGUUAGUAUAGAAAAUGGAGAUAUUUUUAAGAAAAAAGCCAUGAAAGCAGUCGAUGAAAAUUUGAUUAUGCUAAUGGAGGAGAGUAGACACCAGUUCGAUUUUGAUAGUGUGUCAACAGAUUCCACUACGAGUUCUUCAGACGGAUCUCCGGUAUUCUUUAGAAAACUUAAAUUUAGCCUGGAAGUGCCAAUACGACUCGAUUAUCAUGGGAAACGUUUAGAUAUGACGCACGGUUCUAUUCCUGGACUAUUGAUGGGUCUCGGACAAUUGAAUUGCUCUGAAUUGAGAUUGAAAAAAAUAACAUAUAGACAUGGAUUACUAGGAGUUGACAAACUUAUGGCAUUUUUAAUUCAAGAAUGGCUAAGUGACAUCCGAAAAAAUCAAUUGCCUAGUUUGCUGGGUGGAGUAGGUCCGAUGCAUACACUUGUUCAACUGUUCCAAGGAGUACGAGAUUUGUUUUGGUUACCUAUUGAACAAUAUCAAAAAGAUGGUAGGAUCGUUAGAGGUCUCCAAAAAGGUGCUAAUAGUUUUACUACAUGUACAGCUAUGGCUGCUUUGGAACUUACUUCUAGAUUAAUACAUUUGAUACAGAUUACUGCCGAAACAGCAUAUGAUAUGUUGUCACCUGGUCCCAGUGUAAGAAUGGUAGCUAAAUCUAAAGGAAAGAGAAAGAGAUAUCAUCAACCACAAGAUAUUCGAGAAGGGAUGACAAAUGCUUUUAUGUUAAUGAAAGAGGGUAUUGGUGAGACAGCUGGCACUAUAGUUCAAGUAGCAGCACACGAAAAAGAACAAAAGGGCUACAGCGGAGCUGUAGGCGGUGUUUUGCGUCAGAUUCCUCCGACUAUUUUGAAACCAAUUAUAAUAGCGUCGGAGGCUACGAGCAACGUUCUAGGUGGUAUGCGCAGUCAAUUAGUGCCGGAUGCAAGACGCGAAGCUAACCAAAAAUGGCGAAGUGACGAUAAUACGCAAUGUGAUAAUAAUUAAAGACUGUGAUUGAAAUGAUCUUCUUUAAUAAAAUUAUUUUUAAGUAAUCUAAAUUUUGUGUUUAGGUUAACUAUAGGUUCAUUUUUAUAGGAUUGAUAUAAAAUGCUUAUGAUCGAGUAUUUUUAUGUAUACCUAUUAAAAUUAUGUGACAAUAUUUAAUAUUAUUUUCAAAUGGAUGUUCAUUUAAAUAUUUUGCUAAUGAUAUUCAUUAAGGCAUGUUGAUUGUGUAAAUAAAAUAUGUUUUUAUUUUAAGGUGUCUGUGUUUUAAAUAAUAUACUUUUAAGUCGAUAAAAUUUUUUAUCAUAGAUCUACACGUUUUAUACAAUUAUUGAUAAUUGAAUAAAAUAUGAAACUAAUUCGUUUAAA